AUGACGAAAUUCUACCAUGACAGCCAGCCAGAGGCCCGGCUCAAAAGCACGCGCUCGGACGAACGUGACGAGGAUGGGCUCAGCCUCAUCUGUGAACUCAAAGAUACAUACGAGGACUAUAGAAACUUGAUCAACAAGAGUAAAAGUACGCGCACGUCCGAUGCGGGCAAGAAGUGGCUCGACAUUAUUAGCACAAGGCUCAAGUGGCUUGCCGAGGACGAGGUUGCGAUCAUGGAGAAAAUCAAAGACUUUGAAGUGGGCAAGAAUGUUCAGCAAAAAUGUGCAGAUCAGAUGAGGCAGGUCCUUAAUAACUUCCUGUCCUUUGAAGACAAUUUGGACAACGUGGUCCGCCAUAGAGAGUCGGCGUCGGAGAAGAACGUUGAGAUUCAAAAGAUGCUCAGAGAUACGUAUUACGAAGCCCACGGCAUUCGAAAAGCCUUUUGCAAAAAGUUAGACAAGGCUAUCGAUGAAGCAAGAGCUGCUAGAUCUGCUUGA